ACCUCCACGGGUCAAGGCAUGGCUCAUCUCGUUGUAAACAGUGCAUGAAACUUCAUGAAAAUGGUUGGUCGUAGAGUGUUUGUUGUCGGUGUCGGCAUGACCAAGUUUGAGAAGCCUGGUCGACGAGAAGAUUUCGACUACCCUAACAUGGCGAAAGAAGCUGGUACCAAAGCUCUUCAAGAUGCAGGGAUUUCCUUUGACAAGAUAGAACAGGCUUGUGUUGGCUAUGUUUAUGGUGACUCAACAUGUGGGCAGAGGGCAGUGUACCAACUGGGCAUGACUGGUAUUCCAGUGUACAAUGUGAACAACAACUGCUCCACAGGCUCCACUGCGAUCUUCAUGGCCAAGCAGUUUAUUGAAGGAGGUCUUGCUGAUUGUGUUCUUGCUCUGGGCUUUGAGAAGAUGGAGAGGGGAUCUCUGAAAAACAAAUAUUCAGAUCGCACCAACCCAAUUGACAAGCAUGUGGAGGUUAUGAUGAACACAUUCGGCCUUGAGGCAAGUCCGGUCUCUGCUCAAAUGUUUGGAAAUGCUGGCCGAGAACAUAUGCAGAAAUAUGGAACAAAACCAGAACAUUUUGCAAAGAUUGCAUACAAGAACCACAAACAUUCCACAAAUAAUCCAUACUCACAGUUCCAAACUGAGUACUCUCUGGAACAGAUCAUGUCUUCACCCAAGAUACAUGACCCUCUCACCAAGCUACAGUGUUGUCCCACAUCCGACGGGUCAGGUGCUGCAGUGUUGGCCAGUGAGGAGUUCGUGAGGAACAACAACCUGCAGGAACAGGCUGUGGAGAUACUUGCUAUGGAGAUGGCCACAGACCUACCCUCAGCCUUCAAUGAAAACAGUUGUAUGAAGAUGGUGGGGUUUGAUAUGACCAAAAAGGCUGCUGAUGAAGUAUUCCAAAAAGCAGGUGUAAAGCGAGAUGACGUGGAUGUAGUGGAGCUUCAUGACUGUUUCUCCUGCAAUGAGCUCAUCACAUACGAAGCUCUUGGGCUCUGUGACAAAGGGAAAGCUGGGGAGAUGGUGGACAGAGGUGAUAACACAUAUGGAGGAAAGUAUGUUGUCAACCCCAGCGGUGGACUCAUAUCUAAAGGUCACCCUCUUGGAGCAACAGGCCUGGCCCAGUGUGCAGAGUUGAGUUGGCAGCUGCGUGGCUUGGCUGGUCGCAGACAGGUGGACGGUGCACAGUUGGCUCUGCAGCACAAUCUUGGCCUAGGUGGAGCAGUGGUGGUGGCACUCUACAGGAUGGGAUUCCCCGAGUACAGACAGAGCAGCAUAUCUGCAGUGGGAGCCAGUGCCUCCUCAGAAUCCGACUUCAAAUCAGCAGCAGCCUUCAGUGAGAUCAAGAAGGCCAUUGAUGCAGAUGGCAGCAACAUCGUCAAGAAGAUGAAAGGUGUGUUCUGCUUCAAGGUGAAGGGAGCAGGUGGCAAAGAGGGAAUCUGGAUUGUUGAUGCCAAGAAUGGAAGCGGAUCAGUCACAUUUGGCACACAGAGCAAGUCUGAUGUCACCAUUGCCAUGAAUGAUGAAGAUCUGCUGAAACUGAUGACUGGGAAGCUGAACCCACAGCAGGCCUUCUUCCAAGGUAAACUGAAGAUCACAGGCAACAUGGGGCUGGCUAUGAAGCUGAAGGAGAUCCAACCCAAGAAGGCCAACCUGUGAGACACUCGUCCACAUCACCACAGACUGCAGAGUAUAGCUGCACAGGCAGAAUAGCAAGUGUAUAAAGACACUUUCUAUUUCAUGCAUAAUAGUAUUCUUUGAUACUUUUGUAAGAUUACAGCCUCAUGCAGAUUGACCUAAGCCCUAGUGAAAAUAACUUGACUGAAAUCAUGAACAAACAUGUAGAUUUAUUGACAUAUAUUGUACAUAUGAUUGAAGACCAACCAUCAAGGGUUAUACCAGUAAUAUAUACAGGAUGUGUUGUUUGUUUGUAAAUAUGUGUUUUAAUGAAUGUGAUGAAUGGGAGAUUUGGAGUAAUUGUCUUGAAUUACUUUGCUUUAGGUAUACUCAGUGCUAUAUUUCAACUUUUAAGUGCUUUUUUAAGACUAUAUAAAGUCCUAUUAGUGGAAGUAUAUAUUACAAGAAAACCAUUUUGGUGAAAUACCUUUUAAAGGUUUUAUGCUUGUCAUACAAAUAAAUUAGUUUGACAGUGUUUUGUGCUGUUGAUGCAACUAUUCUAAUAAUAAAGUUGUGAACUUUG